AACAAUUAUAUUAUACCAGAAUAUUUACUCUGUUAUUACUCUUUACUUACUGUUAUAAUAAUGUAAAAGUAUCUAAGUAACAAUACUUAAGUGUUAAUUCUUUUACCAUGAAAAAGCUCAUUACAAUUUUUCUUCUGUUAUUUAUAGCAAGAAAAGUUAAAAGUUCCAUUUAUAAAAACCUUGUACGUUUUGAAACGUUACAUGCUUCAGAUUUUUCUCAUAAGAUAGUGAAACGUGGAGUCUUUGAUAGUCCACAUCCAUUGAACAAAGUAAAUGAAGUAUCAUUUACUACAUUAGGAAAAGACUUUCGAUUAAUUUUAACACCUAAAAAAGGACUUUUACAUCAUCAGUUUGAAGCUACAAGUAUAGAUGCUGAAGGAAAUGAAACUCCUAUAGCCGUUGAUCAUGAAAACUUUUAUGAUGGUCGAGUAUUUGGAGAAAAAACAUCACAUGCUAGUGUACAUUUAGAUGAAGGAGUAAUGACAGCCAUUAUUGAUGUUCCUGGUGAAACUUAUCAUAUAGAACCAUCAUGGAGACACUUGCCUGAUAAAGAUAACAAAACAAUGGUAACUUAUAAGGCAUCAGAUGUUCGUUUAAGUUGGGAAAAUUCUAACUUAAAUCAACAUAAACCAUGUGCUUAUGUAAAAGAAGAUGCAGAAGUGGAAACUGUAGAAGAAGAUGAUUAUUUAAAUACAUUUACACGAUCUAAACGUGAUGCUGAUUCAUAUGAUUAUAUGACAACACCAACAAGAACACGUUGCCCAUUGCUUUUAGUUGCUGAUUAUAGGUUUUUUAGAGAAAUGGGUGGAGGUGAUACAAAAACGACUAUUAACUACUUAAUCAGCCUUAUUGAUCGUGUUCAUAAAAUUUACAAUGAUACUCUAUGGUUAGAACGACAAGAAUCUGAUGGAUUUCGCGGUAUGGGAUUUGUGAUUAAAAAAAUAACAGUUCAUAGUGAUCCAACUAAAGUACGAAGUUCAGAAGAUCAUUAUAACAUGGUUAGAGAAAAAUGGGAUGUCCGAUCACUUCUUGAGGAAUUUUCUAAAUCAAAAGACGUGUCCCAGUAUUGUCUAGCACAUCUGUUUACACAUCAAACAUUCAGAUCUUCAAAAACUUCAGUAUUGGGUCUUGCCUAUAUAUCCUCUCCAAGAAGUUAUACAGCUGGUGGCAUAUGUAGUCCUGAGUAUUUUAAAAAUGGAUAUACAUUAUACCUUAAUUCUGGCUUAAGUUCAAGUCGCAAUCAUUAUGGUCAGAGAGUAAUUACUCGAGAAGCAGAUUUAGUUACUGCUCAUGAAUUUGGUCAUAAUUGGGGAUCUGAACAUGAUCCAGAUAUAACUGAAUGUAGUCCGACUGCUAGUCAGGGUGGAUCUUUUCUUAUGUAUACUUAUAGUGUCAGUGGAUAUGAUAUUAACAACAAAAGAUUCUCUCCUUGUAGCUUACGGUCUAUACGUAAAGUAUUACAAGCUAAAUCAGCACGUUGUUUUUCUGAACCUGAGGAAUCAUUUUGUGGUAAUCUUAGAGUUGAAGGCAAUGAAGAAUGUGAUGCUGGCCUUUUAGGGACUGAAGAUAAUGAUUCAUGUUGUGACAAAAACUGUAAACUCAGAAGAGCUCAAGGGGCUCGAUGCAGUGAUAAAAAUUCACCAUGUUGUCAAAAUUGCCAGUUUAUGGCAUCCGGAGUAAAAUGUCGUGAAGGACAAUUUUCUACUUGUGAGCAAGAAUCACGCUGUACUGGUACAGGAGCUGAAUGUCCAAAAAGUCCUCCUAUGCCAGAUGGUACAGGAUGCCUUGAGAAAGGAAAAUGUCGUUCAGGAAAAUGUAUACCUUUUUGUGAGACCCAAGGACUACAAAGUUGUAUGUGUGAUACUAUAUUGCAAUCAUGCAGACGUUGUUGUCGUAUAAAUCUCAACGAUACAUGUUACCCAGUUGAUCCACCAGAUGUUUUACCUGAUGGAACCCCGUGCAUUCAAGGAUUUUGCAACAAAGGUGUUUGUGAAAAAACUAUUCAAGAUGUUGUAGAACGUUUCUGGGACAUUAUUGAAGAAAUCAACAUCAAUAAAAUGUUAAGAUUUUUAAAAGAUAACAUUGUAGGCACAGUUAUAUUAAUUACUGGUUUGAUAUGGGUGCCAGCUUCUUGUAUAAUUAAUUGGUUAGAUCAUAAGCGUGCAAAAGAAGCUCGAGAAAGAAGGAAAUGGGAAGAUCAAGAUGAUCUUGUGCAAAUGUCAAAUGAUGCAAGACCAAAAAAAGUGAUUUACAUUAAAGUGCCAACAAAUCAAACGGAAAUGUUAAUGAUGAACAAAUCUAAUAAUUAAUAAAUAAUAACUUAUUAAUGUUA